UGUCGCUGGCGACUUGGCGGCCGUGCGAGAGUUGCUGAGCGAGCUGGACCUUCACAUCGAGCGGGUGCGUGGGUCGCAGCAGGUGGUGCUCGAUGCCUUUAUGUGGUUCACAAACCCCGGCGGCAACCACGAGUGGCACACCGACGGCGUGCGGUCAGCGCCCAGCAGCUACGAGCAGCAGCUGCGUGUCACCAUCCCCCUGGUUGGUCGAUAUGACGUGCUGUUUCGCUGUCCAGUGGGCCAGCACGUGGGGCUGUCGACCAGCCCUGACGCGGGCGGUUAUGCAAUGGACAUGGUGGCUUCAGGCGCACAUGCUGCAACGUGCCUCAUCGACGGCAGCAGUGUCAGCAUGCAUCUCCAGCAUUGCGUGGCCCCUGUGCAGCAGCUCACCUGCUGUGUUAUAGUUGACUAUGCUGGUCCGGUGGGGCCAUGUUCCACCAGUAACCAGCUGGUGCCCACGCCGCUGGUGCCCACGCCGCUGGUGCCCGCUGAGGUUGAUAUGGUCUCACUCCCCCUGUCCCUGGCCUCAGCACCUAACCGUUACCAGUGGCUGGCCCUUAUAUGGGCAACCAUGUACAAAGCAGUCUGUGCAGACGACGCUUUGGGCGGUGGGCCACACUAUGCAACUCCGGCGCAGCAUAUGUCGGUGAAGAGCCACCCGUCUUACCAGCUGCAGCAGGCGUGGGCGGCGCACAACAGCGGGCAGCAGCUGAGCCCGCAGCAGCAGCAGCUGCUGGAGAGCCACCCGUCUUACCAGCUGCAGCAGGCGUGGGCGGCGCACAACAGCGGGCAGCAGCUGAGCCCGCAGCAGCAGCAGCUGCUGGAGAGCGACCCGUCUCACCAGCUGCAGCAGGCGUGGGCGGCGCACAACAGCGGGCAGCAGCUGAGCCCGCAGCAGCAGCAGCUGCUGGAGAGCCACCCGUCUCACCAGCUGCAGCAGGCGUCGGCGGCGGCCCAGCAUCCAACCCAGGAGCAGCGGCAGCUGUUGCAGCAACAAUCUGCAUGGGCCAGCAAGGGUGCCAGCAAGGGUGGCACAAAAGCACGUGACCGCCGGAAUGCUGCCCGGGACCCGGACGCCGGUGCCCAGGUGCUGGUGGCACUGCAGCAGGCCUGGCACCGGGUGGCUGACCAGCAGCCGGUCGGAUGUCGGCUCUUCUCGGAGGAUCAGGCGCGGCUGCUGAAGGCUGCCUACAGCGAAUGGAGCAGCUUGGAGGGCCGGUGGAUACCAAUUAACCAUGUGUGGAGCAACGCCGUGGCUCAGCUGACUGGUAUCAAGCUAGAGAGCCUCUCUAGCUGGAGAGCCAGAAAUGGAUGCUGAUAAGCCUCAACGGAGACAGCACCCAAAGGACCGUGUCUCUUGGGUGUGCAAACGAUGCGUCCUUACGGCCUGCACCGGGUCAUAGCGGGGACCUGCGGGGACCGGGGGGCUGCUGCUGGGGGCGACUGGAUGGAUGGGGGAAGUCACGGUGACUGACUUCCUCUUCUGCGCCUGUUCCUAGCAGCCACGAACCAGGGCCGCUCAACUCAACUCUUAGAUGCCAUGAUUUACAUGCAUAUCAAGCGGGUGGCGCUAGAAUGUUUGGUACGGGUCCUGCGCGCCUGGCAGCCCUUAAACGGUUGAGGAGUUGGUUGAGGUGUGCCGCGAGACGACACGGCGGCGCACCCGGUGACUGCAGGUCAGGGGUGCGGCCGCGCGUUUGUGCUGCUGGGGCCCACGGGACCUUGUCGUAU